AUGGGUACACCAAGGUUUGAGGGGACUCAGAGACCCGAGAUUGCAGAGGAUUGGCUGAUCUGCAUCUCCAGGGAUCUGGAUUAUGUCAGAUGUCCGCUGCAGUACCGAGCAGAGAUUGCGAGCCACCAUCUGUUUGGAGAGGCUCUGCACUGGUGGGAGGAAGCAGUUCGUGAAGCUGCACCUGAUCACCAGUUCACCUGGGAGGAGUUCAAGGCGCAGUUCGAGGAGAAGUACUGCCAGAAGGGAGAUCAGGAUCACCGGAUAGUGGAGUUUCUUCACUUGGAGCAGGGUGAUCAUACCUUGGCUGCUUAUGAGGCAGAGUUUACCCGUCUGCUGCGAUAUGGGUCGCAUCUGGUGCCGACGGAGAAGGUAUAUGACCCAGCUGCAGAAGUUGGAGAGGAGGGAAUAGGAGGAGCAACAAGAGGCGAGGGACCGAGAGAGGAGCCCUCUGAGGCGGAUUACCUUUACUCGCCCUUCCUCCAGUUCCAGACAGGGUAUACUUGUUAUCAUUGUGGUCAACCUAGCCACUUCGCUAACCAGUGUACUGGAGCCGCUUCCAGUCAGCAGGGAGCCAGACCUCCACGCCCUCAACCACCACGUAGAGGGGGCGUAACACCACGAGUAUAUACGCUUGCUGCGGAGGAAGAAGUCCAGGGAGACGAGACUUAUUUUGCUCAGGAGACGGUCACCAUUGAUGCUGUUGUCGAGGGUGACCUAGAGCAGUUGGACGCUACUACCAUCACAGAAAUCUUGGAUGUGAUGGAUGUUGAUACGGCUGAGAGGUAUAGAGUGUAUACUCCCUCGGGCGAAAUUCUGCCAGUGACGGGUGUACUACGCGGGAUCCCUCUAGUAAUCUAUGGGAGGAAUCUCUUAGCUGACCUGAUUAUAGUACCUAUUCAGGGGUAUGAUUUGAUAUUGGGAAUGGAUUGGUUGACCGUGCAUCAGGCACACAUCGACUGUCGUCGACGGAUUAUUCAGUUUACUGAUGUGGUAGGGAAGUUUGAGUUUCUGGGGGACAGCGCACGGAAUCCUUUCCCGAUGGUAUCAGCAUUCCGGGCCAGCCGGAUGAUCAAGAAGGGGAAUGAGGCAUUCCUCAUGGUGGUGACUGCCACGAAGGAGUCUGAAGUGAGAUUAGAUGAGACGCCUGUGGUUCGGGAAUUUCCCGAUGUCUUUCCGGAGGAAUUGCCAGGGUUGCCACCGGAGAGAGAUGUAGACUUCUGUAUUGAUGUUGUUCCAGGUACGGAACCGGUAUCUAAGACCCCGUACCGGAUGGCUCCUACGGAGAUGGCGAAAUUGAAGAAGCAGUUGAAUGAAUUGAUGGAGAAAGGAUUCAUUCAGCCGAGUUUUCCACCUUGGGGAGCGCCCGUAUUAUUCGUCAAAAAGAAGGACGGUAGCAUGCGAUUGUGCAUCGACUAUCGAGGACUUAAUCAGGUAACCAUUAAGAAUUGGUAUCCAUUGCCGAGGAUUGAUGAGUUACUUGAUCAGUUGCAGGGUGCACAAUGGUUCUCGAAGAUUGAUUUACGUUCGGGAUACCACCAGAUCUGUGUGGAAGCCGAGGAUGUACAGAAGACGACUUUCCGUACAUGGUAUGGACAUUUUGAGUUCUCACACACUCUGUGA